AGUAAUAAUAUACAAUCGGGUUGUCUCACUGCAUUUCUGCACAGAUUUAGAGGUCUUUCUGUUAUGACACUGGUGCAUACGUAGAAAGAGGGAUCAUUUUUCCACUUGCUGGAUUCAAAAUCAUUUCACUCAGCGGUUCAACAAAUACUUUGCAAAGCCAAUGACGAUCUGAAAGAUGAAACCAGCAAACUCUUCAGCUCUUUGGUUGGCAGUGUUGGUGUUUGUCAUCAACGCUAGCGUCAUCACGGCGCAGUCAACGACGGAGUCCGAUUCGAAUGAUUCCAUAUUCACAACCCCUGAACCCCUAUGCAGUAGCGACACCUGUCUGAACAAUGGCACUUGUCGGGAACUGGAGGACUGGGAGUGUAGCAAUGAUCUGGACAUAGAGCAUACCGUUUGUGUGUGCACACCUAGCUUCACAGGCUCUCGGUGUGAAUACAGCAUCAGGUGUGGAGGGCAGAAAUGUGGAAACAACGACCAUUGCGUGUACGACAAGUGUGUGAGCCUCACAGACAGCUCAGGGUCUACAGCCCCACAGUGUAAGCCAGGAGUCCACCCCCUCACUUACAAGCUCGACAUGCGAAACAGAAAGAAGCCUAUAGUGUGUCUCGACAUGUACUAUACCAAUACAAGCUCCUACUGUUACGACAAGGACGAUUCCAUCGAGUUCGAGAUCGUUGAAGAAGAGGUCGUAAAUCUGUUUUGUCUCAACCUCGACUACCGGCUGUGGCAAACCUGUAUCCACGUCAACUCAACAAUCAACAAUUUGAACUUUCCAGACAAACCAGUUUCAAAAGUCACAUUGAUUGCCAAGGAAAAUGACAUGCAUCCAAGAAGUGCUUCAAUAGUAUUCAGUGUCACAUUUAACACUGCUCCAGAAGUGAGCAAAACGACAAAGACCUACGUCGUGAACUUGGCUGAAGAGGUCGGCCCAUUCCUUAUCAAUGUUUCGGGGGUCUUCGGCGUUUUGGAUAACGACACUGUGAGCUACAGUCUAAAAGUCGAUCAUCCUCAAGUAAUGAUUAUACCGGACAGUGGACAACUGAAUAUUACUUUAAUGGACGGGAACGAGGAGGACAUAUCAGUGGACAUUGAGAUCAAAGAUGAUGGUAUCCCGAGUUUGACAACUGUUGUCUCAGUCAAAAUGGUAGUUUUAAUCUUGAGCUGUGACAUCAAAAGACAGAUUUACGUCAAUUAUCAACAAAUUGGAAAUCCUGUCGGUAAAAUAACUUGCCGGAUAAGCAAAGGAUAUGACAUAUCGGAUCUCACCUUCGUAUUCCCAUCGGAAUUGAAGCUGGAGAUCAUGCCUGACGGAAUCCUGAAAGUUGUCGAAGGAUUGUAUGGAGAUAGAACCGUGUUGACGACGAUCACUUUGGCGGGAAAGUCGGGGGAAAUCAGCGUUGAGCUGCCUUUCAAAAUAACCAUAGCUGACAUUUGGACAGGAUCCUAUGUAUUGAACAGAACAUGGAGUCAAGACUAUGCCGUCCAGACAUCUUUUUUGUUCGGGGCACUGGUACAAGAAAUGGCAAACAAUAUACAACUAUUCUUCAGUUCGCAAAACGUGACCGUCAAUGUCAACGUGGAAAUGUUCAGCAAGAGUAGUGACAACUUAGUGACCGUCCACUUCACCCUUAUCUUUCCAAAGGGACAAAACUCCGAGAAGGCAGUUUCAGAAUUGCGUGAGUCCAUUCAAAAGGGCCCUAUUGGGGACUUGACAGUGAAUGCGACACGCCUCAUCAUUAACAAUCAAGUUGGCUCCACCCAGGUAUCUGAAAUGGUAUAUUCGUCAUCGGACGCCUCAAACACACCUGCAUUCACCAAGGACAACACCGAGGUUCAAUUGGAGUGCAUUGGCACCUUUGUCCAACCUGUUGGUGACGUCACCGUGGAAUGGCGGAUGACGGCCAGCAAUGCACUCGUAGUGCCCUUGGCCUACUCUCGCCUACAGACAAACCUCACUAGUCCUAACACAGGGCAUUAUAUAGGAACACUCGUCGCUAGUAACAUCUCGUUUAAGGAUUCAGGACAAUUUCAUUGUACUCUCAGGGAUGAGAGCGGGCUGUCAUCUAGUAAGGCCAUGACAGUCAGCGUUAUACCCCGCCCAGUUGUAACUGUCCUGCCUCUGAAGAGAGUCUUCAUACGGUCUGGUGAAACUACCACCCUAAGCUGUAACACAACGGGGUCGUGGGUCCCCGUGACCAACUUUUCCUGGUUCUCGAAUGGAAAAUCAGUGGGGAGAGGUCCCAUACUGAGAGUGACUGGUGGUAGCGCUCAUAACGCUACUUACUCGUGUGUCGGUGUCAACGGAGUCGGUGCUGGGGAGCAGAGCCCAUCGACAAUCGUCUUCAUCAUAGGAGCUGAGACCAUCCGAUGUGACGAGGACGGCAAAUGGCAUGGAAUGCGAGCUGGUCUAACUGCGGAGUAUCCAUGCCCUAAAGGCGGUACAGCGGUAAUGACACGAUCCUGUGGUAAGGAUGGCCGCUGGCAGGACGAGGACAGGAGCCAGUGUCUCGUGCGACUGUUAGAAGGAGUGAUUGAUGAUAUUGAGUGGAUUGAGGAGGGCCUGCGUGUCGCGAACAUCUCCUCUGUUGCCAGAGCCCUGUCCAAUGCCACGCAGCCAGAGGAACUGACCAGCAAGUGGAUUGUUCUGGCGAUUCAGGCUCUGGGUCGGCUGUUGAACAUUACCAAAUCCUGCAAAGAUAGCAAAGAGGAGACACAACAGUUCAUAGAGGGAUUUGUGGAGAGCGUCAGUAAUAUUCUCGAUUCACGUACCGUAGGCGAAUGGAAGAAAUUGGAGGCUGAUGGGACAUCGCCAACUGCGGUGCUUCAGCUUCUGGACAAAAUGACCGAAGUGACCACAAACCGCCUGGACGAAGGAGAUGUCCACGCUGCUGAGUCAACUAACAUUGUACUACAGCUUGGUAAAACAGACCCUGGAGCUCUUAAAGAUAUAGAGUUUCCUGCCAACUCGGGUACCAACACUGUGACCAGUAACGUCCAUUUGAAGCUUGACAGCAUGACUCUGAAACAAUUCACAGCAGAUGCGACAGUAAGGUUUAGCGCCAUCUACUACAAGGACAUCUUACCUCUUCUUCCAACAGGGGAGCGGUUAGCUGAACCCGCAGAUAACACCAUGGGGAAGAAUGGUUCCGAAAAGCUGGUGGUCAACUCUGGUCUCCUCGCUUUCAACCUGUUUCCUGCUCCAACGAAAUCGCUCGAUCCACCAUUGAAGAUGAAUUUUACUCAUACCGACCUGUCUCUCAUUGGUGAAGGGCGAAUGUGCGUCUACCUCAACACAUUACGGGGUCUGUGGGAUCAUGACGGAUGCAAUACAAGUAUAUCGGGAACAUCCUUCACAGAAUGUUCCUGUGGUCAUCUGACGAACUUUGCUGUACUUAUGAGUCCGGACGCCCGACAAAUUAUAAUUAGUCAUCCACUAACACCGGCAGAAAUAGCGUGUUGCAGUAUAGAAAUCGUGCUGUUAGUCCUGACAGUGAUUGUUUACGCCUUGACGUGGAGAUACGUGAAAUCUGACCAAGCUGUUAUCGUGAUUCAUAUCUGUGUGUGCCUUGCUGUUGCCCUGCUCCUGCUCAUGAUUGGAAUAGGGAGGGACGAAUAUGGUCUCUGCAUCGCCUUCGCCGUAGCCGUCCACUUCUUCUACAUGGCGACAUUCUUCAUGAUGCUGGCUUCCGGUCUGGAGGCAUUGUGGUCUGAUUCUCACGUGUUCCCUAACAGAUCCAAACUCAAACCCCUCUUAAUUGGAGCUUGGGGUUUGACCGUGUUAGCAGUCAUCAUCUCUUGUGCUCAAUUACAAGUCUAUGAACCAGGCCUGCACUGCUGGUUGUCUCUUGCUGGUGAUUCGAAAUGGCUGUUCAUAGUUCCCGUUCUGAUCAUCCUCGUCAUUAACUUUUUCGUAAUUGGAAAAAUGAUACACAAUCACCUGGCGAGACGGGCUUUACGUAACCAAGAUGAUCCAGAAAAGGAAACGAAACCUCUUCAUUUGAUGUGCUUCAUGAUACCGGUUCUUGGCUUGGCCUGGAUUUUUGGUCUCUUAUCCGUUCAAGACGGAAGCGAUGUUUAUGACUAUCUGUUCGCAGUCAUCAGCAUCCUGCAGGGAUUCAUGAUCUUCAUUACCCAGUGUAUUGUCAACACAAAUGUUCGUAAAGGAGUUAUUAACCUGAGGCGACCACGUGAUCAGCACAUCACAGAGGGUGUAGUUGAAAUGGAUGCACUGAGAGAAGAUGCAGAAAGGCAAAACGCAUCCCGCGAGAGUGGAGCCUAUCAUUGCAUAGAUGAUACCUGUCAUAACAGCGAUGUCACGGAAUCACAGCAAUAUGAGUCUCUUGAGGCUUCACAACGAAAUGAAAAUGUCUACGACGAUAUGGACCACCAAGCGACACAAAUAGGUUUGUUUGCAAAGGAAUUCAGUCAAGAAAAUCAGUAUGCGAAUGAGCUUUCGAAUCCUGUUGGCGGGGUCAGCAGGAGGCGAGAUCCGUCUGAAAAGGCCAGGUCUGGGGACCAUGACAACAGGCCCUCUGAUGCCUUAUACAGAAAUGUCCAAGACACAGAGAGAAAACCAAUGAUCCCUUCCCGUCCUCAAAGGAUUUAACCUUUAUUCCAUUUGGAACACUGUGCCUUUCCAUGUAUAUGGAGACACGCUGAUGACGGGCGACAAAAGCCUUUUCACUAUCUGGAUUUGGGGCUCUUGGUAAAUUCAAGAAAGUGGAUUGUGCAUUGUUUGGUAACCCAAUUGGAUUACCCACUUAACCAAACGGGUAUCUCGAAUAAAGGUCCGAUAUGACUGUUCGGUGUGUUAAUUUGUAUGAUACUACUGUACAUGUAUUUACCAUGGACAAACGCAAGGUAUAUGGACAUGUACGUACUUGAUUGUAAAGUCGACACAAUAAAUGAUAUCUAUGGAACGGUAGUAUUUCUGCAAAGAUUUUGUUGUACUUCAUAAAGCAUUUGUUGUAUUUCUGUAAAAAAACUUGUAUUUCUGUGAGCAGUUGGUGUAUAUAUUGAGCAUACUUCUAUAAUCAAUGGUUGUAUUUUCUUAACCAAUGGUUUCUUUACACUUCUUUAAAUAAUGGUUGUAUCUCUUUAAACAAGGGUGGUAUCUCUUUCAACAAUGGUUGUACCUCUUUAAACAAGGGCGGUAUCUCUUUCAACAAGGGUUGUAUCUCUUUAAACAAGGGUGGUAUCUCUUUCAACAAUGGUUGUAUCUCUUUAAACAAGGGUUGUAUCUCUUUAAACAAGGGUUGUAUCUCUUUUAUAAAGGGUGGUAUCUCUUUAAACAAUGAUUGUAUCUCUUUAAACAAUGGUUGUAUCUCUUUAAACAAUGAUUGUAUCUCUUUAAACAAGGGUGGUAUCUCUUUAAACAAGGGUGGUAUUUCUUUAACAAGGGUGGUAUCUCUUUAAACAAUGGUUGUAUCUCUUUAAACAAUGAUUGUAUCUCUUUAAACAAGGGUGGUAUCUCUUUAAACAAGGGUGGUAUCUCUUUCAAUAAAGGUUGUAUUUCUUUAACCAAGGGCGGUAUUUCUUUAACAAGGGUAGUAUCUCUUUAAACAAUGGUUGUAUCUCUUUAAACAAUGGUUGUAUGUCUUUUAUCAAGGGUGGUAUCUCUUUCAACAAUGGUGGUAUCUCUUUCAACAAUGGUUGUAUCUCUUUAAACAGUGGUUGUAUCUCUUUAAACAAUGAUUGUAUCUCUUUAAACAAUGAUUGUAUCUCUUUAAACAAGGGUGGUAUCUCUUUAAACAAGGGUGGUAUCUCUUUCAAUAAAGGUUGUAUUUCUUUAAACAAGGGCGGUAUCUCUUUAAACAAGGGUGGUAUCUCUUUCAGCAAUGGUUGUAUCUCUUUAAACAAUGGUUCUUUUAUCAGCCACAUUAGAAAAUUGUACAAUAGGACGAAAUGUGACGUAUACAUUGUAGGACAUGUCUCUAAGCAAAUUGACUUGUUGGCUCAAUUUUGUCCACACCUACCUAUCUCGCAUUGCAGGAUGUUAACCGUUCAUUGUUCACAUCUGUUACCUGCAUCUUUCCUUGCAAUUGCAUGCUUCUGUCGAUUAUGACUACCAUCGAGUGAUUCUUAAUUUUAUAAAUUACCAAAAUCUUAAAAUCGACGUUGGAUAUUUUCACAUUGGCGUGUACAGACAAUUCAUGUAAAGUGUAGGCCGUCUACGGCGCCGCGAUUCGGUGUCCAUAGUUGCAUUCCUUAGGCACCCCAAAACCAUAUGAUCAUGGGUUAUGAGUGCUCAGGGGUUUCAAGUUAUGGUAAACGUUUAAGCCCUGCGGGGCGGUCGGGUAGCCUAGUGGUUAAAGCGUUCGCUCGUCUCGCCGAAGACCUGGGUUAGAUUCCCGACAUGGGUACAAUGUGUGAAGCCCAUUCCUGGUGUCCCCCGCCGUGAUAUUGCUGGAAUAUUGCUAAAAGUGGCGUAAAACCAUACUCACUCACUCACUUCUUUAAGCCCCGUUUAUUUUUUGUCAGUGGACUAUUAUGUAACACACUCACUGAUAUAUCACAUGAUACUAGUAUACAUAUGACGUAAUCCUUAUUAAACGUAGUCGCGAGAUUAUAUUACAUUUUUCACAAUGUAUUGCCAUUACAUUUAAUGUUUGUAUUUUUACAGUUAGUAUUACUUUCCAUAUAAGCCAAAUGUCAGGGUUUGUUGUAUCCCAUGUAUUGUAAAAGUUGCUUACAAAUAAAACUAUAUUGAAAAACAA